AUGGCUGGUGGCUCACAGCCCCACGAUGCUGCUGUGGGUUCCCCAGCACCGAAACAGAUGGGUAGAGCGACUGUCGAUACCUUGAAGACCGGAUGCAUCGCCAUGGUGGAGAAAGAUGGCAAACCUCGAAGAGCAGAGAUCUUGAGUGUCAGAGACGUCAAAAGCGGUAGACAGUUCUAUUGCAACUUCGACAACUUCAAUAAACGUCUAGAUGAAUGGGUUCCAGCAGCUCGUAUAGAUUUUAGCCAGGAUGUUGAAUGGCCAAGUCCUGAGAAGCCAAAAGAGACAAAGAAGGCUUCAGCUCCAGUGGCAAAGAAGACAGUCACGCAGAAGAAAGCACAGAAGCGGCCUGCUCGAACUAGAGAAGCUUCCAUUGCCUCAGAAGGCAGCACCCCGCAUCCAUGGACUGAGUUUGUAGAGUCACAGAAAGCUACCCCUGAUCCGGAAGAAGAGAAACUUAGCCUGGCAAUGGACCUCGAUGCAUCACCAGGGGCGGACGAUGACGAUGCUAUGGACGUGGAUGAUGCUGUAGCCGAUGCUGUUUCGACGAAAGCGGAAGCACCGGAACAUUUCAGCCGAGAGGAAGAGAUCGAGAAGCUUCGUGUGGGUGGAUCUAUGACCCAGAAUCAAGCCGAAAUAUCGAGGAUACGAAACAUUUCCAAAGUUCAGUUUGGAAAAUACGACCUUUUCCCCUGGUAUUUCUCGCCUUACCCAGAGGUCUUUACGCAAGAAGAUCUUAUGUACAUUUGCGAAUUUUGCCUCUCCUAUUACGGCGAUCUCAAGUCGUUCAUCAGACAUCGCCAAAAGUGCACCUUGCAACAUCCUCCUGGAAACGAGAUAUACAGAGAUGAUUAUGUCUCAUUCUUCGAAAUAGAUGGUAGGAGGCAACGCACCUGGUGUCGAAAUCUCUGUCUACUAUCCAAGAUGUUCUUGGAUCACAAGACCCUCUACUACGAUGUUGACCCUUUUCUCUUUUAUGUCAUGACAUCUCGAGAUGAAAAGGGGUUUCAUCUCGUCGGCUAUUUCUCGAAAGAAAAAGAGAGUGCUGAUGGAUACAACGUUGCUUGUAUUCUCACCCUCCCUCAAUUCCAGCGAAAAGGCUACGGUCGACUCCUCAUCCAAUUUUCGUACGAGCUUUCCAAGAUCGAAUGCAAGCUCGGCUCACCUGAGAAGCCUCUCUCUGAUUUGGGUCUUCUCUCCUACCGCCAGUACUGGACAGAAAAUCUGGUUGAGAUUCUUCUGAAACUAAAUGCAGAGGAUCCCGGAAGAGAUAGAACUAGCAUCGAUGCUUUGUCUCAGGAGUUGUCUAUGACGACUCUUGACGUGGAACAAACGUUGCAAGCUCUACAGAUGCAAGUCUACCACAAGGGCGAGCAUAAGAUCAUUAUACCGAAUUAUCUGAUCAAGAAGCAUGAGGCGCUGCUUGAAAAGCAGAAGACUAAACCGAAGAGAACAAUCGAUCCGGCAAAAAUACAAUGGAAACCUCCGGUAUUCACAGCAAGUACGAGGACGUGGGGUUGGUAA